CCUUUGCAGCAAGUAUUUUCGCAUAUGGGCAGACAAGUAGUGGAAAAACGUAUACUAUGUCUGGAAUCACCGAAUACACAUUAGCAGAUAUAUAUGAUCAUAUAACCGGGAAUGAUGACCGAGAAUUUACACUUAAAUUCUCUGCCAUGGAGAUAUACAAUGAAGUUGUUAGAGACCUUCUAACACUGGAAGAUACUCCACUUAGACUCCUCGAUGAUCCAGAGAGAGGGACUGUAGUUGAAAAACUUACGGAGGUAACAUUGAAGGACUGGAACCAUCUAAAGGAACUGCUCUCAGUAUGUGAAGCUCAAAGGAAAAUAGGAGAAACUGCUCUCAACGAAGUGAGCUCAAGAUCUCACCAGAUUCUGCGUUUGACAGUUGAAAGUACCGCUAAGAAAAUUGUUGGCAUUCACAAUUCAAGCACUCUGACAGCUGCAGUGAAUUUUGUUGAUCUUGCGGGAAGUGAGCGUGCUUCUCAAACCUUAUCUGCAAAUGUCAGACUGAAAGAAGGCAGCCACAUUAAUCGCAGUUUGCUGACCCUUGGAACUGUUAUUCGCAAAUUAAGCAAAAAAGGAAAUGGACAUGUUCCUUUCAGAGACUCGAAGCUGACACGCAUACUACAGAAUUCCUUGGGAGGCAAUGCCAGAACAGCCAUCAUUUGCACCAUGAGUCCCGCACAUAGCCAUGUUGAGCAAUCGAGGAACACUCUAUUGUUUGCAACAUGUGCCAAGAAUGUCAUUACCAAUGCAAAAGUUAAUGUGGUAAUGUCAGAGAAGGCACUAGUGAAACAAUUACGAAAAGAACUAGCUAGGCUGGAGGCUGAGCUAAGGAAUUUAUCGGCACUUGCUGCCGCAGGUGGAUCUGCAGAGGCACUGAAAGAAAAGGAAGCUCUUAUAGAAAAGAUGAGCAGAGAAAUAAGGGAGUUAACCGAGCAGCGUGAUCUUGCUCAAUCUCGUGUUCACAAUUUGGCAAGUUCAGGUUCAUGGACUGAACUGAGUAGUGUUUCAUCUCCUGAUAAAGCCCAAUGGCUGGAUGACUAUGCACCAUCAGAAGUAUCAGAAUGUAUAUAUCCUUUUCGUCCUGAUGGAAUAUCCGAAGGCCUUAAUUCUAACAAGCUAGGUGAACAGAUUCCUGAACCUCCAGAAGAUCAGUAUCUCUGUGAUGACACCUCCCCAAGGCUGUUUAUCGAGAAGUAUUUCGGACCAGAUCCAUGUAAGGGAUGGGAAAACAUUGCUCAAAGAACUGUUCAGAAUUUAGAAGAUAACUGCAAGGAAGUUCAAUGCGUUGAAGUGGAUUCUAACACGAAGAGUACAAGCUCUGACAAAAAUUCAUCACCUCGAAAGGGAGAUCAGGAGUCAGGUUUCGUUGACAUCGAUCAUAAUGAUGAAGAACCAAAGCAGACUAGCAAUGAACAAUCUUCUUCUUCCGACUCAGAUUCUUCUUCUGACUCAAAUAACUUACCAAGGAGGAGCAGAAGCAGUGAAGCAAUAAUGAUUAACGUGCCAGUACUGAAAGAGUCUGAAGUAGCAAAGGGAAAUGGGGACAUAUCAAGUGAAUCUGAGGAAGAGUUAUCUAUUAAAAAGAUUGAUCUUGAGGAGAAGCCUGAGUUAUCUAUUAAAAAGAUUGAUCUUGAGGAGAAGCCUUCUCAGCCGGAGCUUUCUGCUAAUAGUGUUAAGGUGUUAACAAAAGAACCCAGCAAUCAUUGUUUUACGAUCGAAGUGAAACUCAAAAUGUCAGGUGAAGAUAGUGAGAAGAUUUGUGCUGAGGAAAUCAAGAAGUCAGGUGAAGAUAGCGAAAAAAUUCCUGCUGAGGGUGAGGUUGCCAAAACCGUGCCUGAGAAGAAAUCAGGGGAUAAUUCGGUCCAGGAUAAUGAGCCAAGUUCCAAGGAUUUGGGUAACUUUAUUGGUGAUUCCUUGAAUUCAGAAAAUGAAUUAGAGCUAUCUCCUUCCAGACAGUCAACAGAAUUUGAAAAACAAAGGCAAGAGAUAAUAGAACUAUGGGAUGCAUGCAAUGUGCCCCUGGUUCACAGAACAUAUUUUUUCCUACUCUUCAAAGGGGAUCCAACCGACUCAGUUUACAUGGAGGUGGAGCUUAGAAGGCUUUCCUACCUGAAGAAUGCAUUCUCUCUAGGAGCUAAAGUGGUGAAAGACGGUCAAAUUUUCUCACAAGCAGCAAGUUUAAGUGCUCUGAAUCGCGAGAAGGAGAUGCUGAGCAAGCUGCUUCUUAAGAAGUUUUCCUCAAAGGAGAGAGACAACUUAUACGAGAAAUGGGGCAUCGGUCUAAAAACUAAAAGGAGAAGACUCCAACUUUGCCAUAAGUUAUGGAAAGAUACCAAAGACAUGGAUCACAUUAAGGAAAGUGCAGCACUCAUCUCAAAAUUAGUUGGAUUCGAAGCACAAAACGAAGUCCCAAAAGAGAUGUUUGAACUCAACUUCUCACCAGGGCCAAAAAAUCUCAGGUCUUUCAGCUGGAAACCAAGAAAAGCCUAAUGUGAUCUAAAGCAAAAGAUUGUUAAGGAUUAUUUGAGGCAUUGUAGUAGCUUCAAAAUGAAUUGACUCCCCUAAUUCAUGUAAAUGUUAGAAGUUUAACCUCCCCCUAGUAUCUAAAUAUACACAAAAGGUGUCCCAUACUUACACUUAAUGCACCUCUCCUACUCGUUGCACGAGUUUUAUCAAUGUACAUUAUGUAAAUUCAAUCCACAACCUCGAGAUCUCAAGUUCAGACAGUCAUCCUUGUAUUAUAUAGAUAUAAGUGGAAGAUAUAUUACAGCUUAUAUGUAUGUAAAAUAAGAUACUCAAAAUCAUUGGGACCGCAUAGGAAAAUUGUCUUCAAAAGGCAUCAUAUCUGCAGUUUUUUUGUUCUGGUUGGAAUAUAAACCCACAUAACCUUCUUUUCCUUUUCUCCCUUAUUUGUUUGAUUUUCCGUACUCCUCAGCGU